AAGGCUGACUUUCUCAAGAACGACAUGCCCUUUUAUUCUAGGAAACAACCCAAACAGCAAGAGGCCGCUGAAGACAAAACCUCUCUGCACACUCCUGCCCACGCCGACAGCCUGCUGAAUCCUGGAUUUCUCCACCGUCAGCCACAGGAAGCUUCAUACUUCAGUAAUUCUCCUCUUCAUCAGUGGGAAGAGGAAACUGGGAACUCCCUUUGGAAGGAACACAAAAUCUGUGAAGUUUGAACAAGCAGCCUUCCCAAGAUGUACCGAAUAUCUCAACUGAUGUCAACACCAGUGGCAAGUAAAUGUUCUUCAGGCUCUGAGAGAAGAUACACCGGAGAGCCGUCUCCCAGAUGCCUUUUCCCAAGUUUUGCCUGUGAUUUCCUGGAUGGUGACAGUUCCUUUGAGGGCUGCUCUGCAGCUCUCUUGACGGGCUCCCAUGUGACCUGUCGCCGAAGUCCCAGACUCCUCUCCAAUGGCUACUAUGUUUGGACAGAGGACCCUUUCCUCUGUGACAAAGAUGGCAACAUAACUCUGAGCCCACCCCAGGCCAGUGUUCUUUACAAGGAGAAUUUAGUUAGGAUAUUUAGAAAGAAAAAGAGAAUCCGCCCUUCCUUUUCUAAUCUCUUCAGCCUUGGUGCCUCUAAAUCCUGGCAGCAUGGAAAUAUCUUUGGUGAUGUUGACUCUUCCCAAAGUGAGGACACCUGGUCGGAGGGGGUCGGGAGGCUGGACACGCACCAUUGCAACGAUAUCGGCGACGAUCGCGAUGGUUCUGCGACUGAUGCACGCGAGGCAGAGCAGCGGAAGGCAGCCUCCUCCUCCAGCCACGCUGCGUCUCGGACUCCGCCAGAGAACUCCCACGACCUGGCCCUUCAGUCUCAAGGGACAACUUCUGAACAUUUCCCGGGGAACCUUCUGGAUCACGCAAAAACCAGUUUGUGGAGAGACAUCUUCUUUCAAGCAUUUCUACUGGCCGCGUGCUUAAUCAUUUGUGCAUGUGCAAGGUGCUUUCUGGGAGGGAUAUUUGCCAGUGUCCUCACGUGCCCAUUGGUGAUAACUACUGCCUAUACUGUCACGUCGUUGUUUCUCAGCCUUGCCGACUAUUUCGAAGCCACCACUUGUGCUCAGUAAGUGUUGACUGUGUUACCAUCAUCCU